AGGCGCGCCGUGAUUGGCUGGAUUGUGCACAGCUGACAGUCGCGCGGGCGAGGGAGCUUCAAGGAUGGCGGCGUCCGCGGCGCUGAUCCUGCCCGAGAGCCCCAGCAUGAAGAAAGCGGUGCCACUGAUAAAUGCAAUAGACACGGGGAGAUUCCCACGACUUCUCAGCCGGAUUCUUCAAAAGCUCCACCUGAAGGCCGAGAGCAGUUUCAGUGAAGAGGAGGAAGAAAAACUUCAGGCUGCGUUCUCUCUAGAGAAACAAGAGCUUCACCUGGUUCUGGAGACGAUAUCAUUUGUUUUGGAACAGGCAGUGUAUCACAACGUGAAGCCAGCGGCACUGCAGCAGCAACUAGAGACGAUUCACCUCACGCCAGACAAAGCGGAAGCCUUUGCCAGUGCUUGGUCGGCUAUGGGUCAGGAGACGGUUGAGAAGUUCCGCCAGAGGGUCCUGGGCCCUCACAAGCUAGAGACAGUGGGAUGGCAGCUUAACCUGCAAAUGGCUCAUUCUGCUCAAGCAAAGCUGCAGUCUCCCCAGGCCGUGCUGCAACUGGGAGUGAGCAAGGAAGACGCCAAGGACAUGGAGAAAGUUCUAGUGGAAUUCAAUCACAAGGAGUUGUUCGAUUUCUACAACAAGCUGGAGACCAUACAAGCACAGCUGGACUCCCUCACAUGAUGUUCUUGAAGACUGGCUUCCUUCGCCAUCACAUUCCGGCGACCUCACUCUUUCACACUGAAGAGAGACUGCCCAAGUAUAUUUUCUAGAGGAUUCGGUGACUCUAUUGCUACAGAUAAUAUGACUUAUUGCAUCUUAGACAGAUAGCAGUGAUGGAAGAUCACAAUGGGAGCACUGCGUUUCGAAUGUGCCUUCUUUCCUCACAGGAGCCAAGAGCAAUUGUUGAGAAAACUGAAAGAAGUAAGAAGUGAAUGCCAUGCUGUU